AUGAAGAUUGCGACUCUUCAAUUGGCUCCUAAACUAGGAGAUCUCCAAGGCAACAUUGAGAAGGCAGAUGGCUUAUUGAAGUCUAACAAAUUGGGUUCUGCCGGAGCAGCCACGCCUGACAUAUUGGUGCUUCCGGAAAUGGCCUUAACUGGCUAUAACUUCCCCUCCCUGGAGGCAGUCAAGCCAUAUCUUGAACCAGUGGGGGGUGGACCGUCUGCCUCAUGGGCACGCGAAACAGCCAAACGCUUGAAAUGCAAGGUCUGCGUGGGUUAUCCAGAGAUUGAGGAAACCCCCCAGAGCACCGACCAAACGACCUACUACAAUUCCCUCCUUGUAGUUGAUGAGAGAGGGGAGGUCAUUCACAACUAUCGCAAAAGCUUUUUGUAUUAUACAGAUGAAACAUGGGCAGCUGAAGGUCAAGUCGAGCGAGGGUUCAAAGAGCUUGCUAUUCAAGAACAACAGGUUGCAACUUCAUUUGGAAUCUGCAUGGAUAUCAACCCAUACAAGUUUGAGGCACCCUUUGACAAAUGGGAGUUUGCGAGCCGGGUGCUUGACUCGAAAACCCAGCUUGUGAUUCUUUCAAUGGCAUGGCUGACGCUGCUGAGCCGUGAAGAGCUCGACGCGUUGAAAUACAAGCCGGAGAUGGAUACCUUCAACUAUUGGCUACAGCGAUUCUGGCCUUUAUUGCAAAAGAGCAUGAAGCAUGAGAUCGACAUUGAUGGAAAGACCGGUUCUCCGAAGAAGGUCGUUAUCGUCUUUGCGAACCGAGCUGGAGAAGAGCCACCGGCAGACGAGACUAAAUCAGAGGCUCGCUAUGCAGGAACAAGCGCCAUUAUUGCAGUGACGCAAAAGCCGAAAUCAGGCUCAGAGCAGGACUCUGAGUCGAGCGAUGAUGGAGAGCUUCCCUUUGAUGUCAAAAUCCUGUGCUGGGAUCUCUUGGGUGCGGCAGAAGAAGGGGUUUGCUUCGCGGAUACUACUGCAGACCCCAAAAUGGUGUUUGCCAUCAAGAAGUCCAAGUAA